AUGAUGGUGCCGUCGCUCGACGACCAAGCCGCUGUGAUGGUCGAGUGCGUCCAGAACCACACGCCGGAGGUCAUGGUCAUUGGCGAGAUUGGUCGCCCGAACGAAGUCGAGGCCGCGCGUACGUGCAAGCAGCGUGGCGUGCGCAUCGUAGCCUCGGCGCACGGCGACCUCCGGAAGUUGCUCAAGAACAAGCCGCUGCGAGGUCUUGUGGGCGGCGUCGAGUCG